AUGUCGUUUGGCGGCCAAACACCGACUAUUGUGGUGUUGCGAGAGGGCACAGAUCAAUCCCAAGGAAGAGGCCAGGUCAUUUCUAACAUCAACGCCUGUCUUGCAGUGCAGUCGACCAUCAAGGGCACCCUGGGUCCCUACGGCGGCGACCUGCUCAUGGUUGAUGAGAAUGGCCGGCAAACCAUCACGAACGAUGGUGCCACCGUCAUGAAGCUCCUGGAUAUUGUGCAUCCCGCCGCCCGAAUACUUACGGACAUCGCCCGGUCACAGGAUGCUGAAGUUGGUGACGGUACCACUUCGGUCGUCGUACUCGCAGGCGAAAUCCUCAAAGAGAUCAAGGACUUUGUGGAGCAGGGCGUCAGCAGCCAGACUAUCAUAAAGGGCCUGCGCAGAGCCUCACAUCUUGCAGUCAACAAAAUCAUGGAAAUUGCUGUCAACACAGCCGAGGGAAACCAGCGCGACACUCUACAAAAGCUUGCGGCGACAGCCAUGAGCAGCAAGCUAAUCCAUCGCAAUGCUGAUUUCUUCACAAAGAUGGUUGUCGACGCCGUGCUCUCGCUCGACCAGGAAGAGCUCAAUGAGAGGCUGAUUGGUGUCAAGAAGAUCACUGGUGGUGCACUCCAAGAUUCGUUGUUUGUCAACGGUGUUGCUUUCAAGAAAACAUUCUCAUACGCUGGCUUUGAGCAGCAACCCAAGUCCUUCAAGAAGCCCAAAAUUGUGUGCCUCAACGUCGAGUUAGAACUCAAGAGUGAAAAGGAUAAUGCCGAAGUACGAGUAGAGCAGGUUUCAGAGUACCAGGCUAUCGUCGACGCAGAGUGGCAGAUUAUUUAUAACAAGAUGGAGGCGCUGUACAAGACAGGUGCGAAGGUGGUCCUCAGCAAGCUUCCAAUCGGUGAUCUUGCAACACAAUACUUCGCCGAUCGUGACAUCUUCUGCGCUGGACGCGUAGCAGCAGACGACCUCGAUCGCGUUUGCAGAGCAACAGGCGCAAGCCUUCAAUCGACCUGCUCUGACAUCCAGAGCAAACAUCUUGGUACAUGCGAAACCUUCAACGAGCGACAAAUCGGUGGCGAGCGCUACAAUUUCUUCGAAGGAUGUCCUGAGGCCAAGACUUGCACGUUGGUCCUCCGCGGUGGAGCAGAGCAGUUCAUCGCCGAGGUCGAGCGAAGCUUACACGACGCCAUUAUGAUUGUCAAGCGCGCCAUCAAGAACAGGAACAUUGUCGCUGGCGGUGGCGCUGUGGAGAUGGAAAUCUCAUCGCAUUUACACAAUUACGCCGACAAGAACAUCCCGCACAAGCAGCAGCCUAUUAUCAAGGCAUUUGCAAAAGCUCUCGAAGUGAUUCCUAGGCAAUUGUGCGACAACGCUGGUGUUGAUGCGACGGAUAUUCUCAACCGCCUCCGUGUAGAGCACAAAAAGGGAAAUAUUUGGGCUGGUGUCGACUUCACAACGGAAAGCAUCGCUAACAACAUGGAAAAGUUCGUGUGGGAGCCCAGUCUGGUCAAGGUCAACGCUCUGCAGGCAGCCACCGAAGCGGCGUGCCUGAUUUUGAGUGUUGAUGAAACGAUAAAGAAUCAGGAGUCACAGCAACCACAAGCACCCAAUCGGCCAUUGCCACCGGGCGCUGCACAAAGGGCGCUCGGAGGAAGAGGACGUGGACGAGGCAUGCCGCGGCGGUAG